AUGUCCAAUACCUCAUGGACGAUCACCCGCACCAAGAGGAAGUCUGACAAGGCAAUGUCAGCGCCUCGAAAACGAUCGCGCCUGAGCGACUCUCGGACCAAAAGCCAAAAGACUUUAACGCAGGCACAGUGGAUGACACCUCCCUCAAACCAACUCUCCAACGAUGAACUGCUACCUGAAGAAUCAAGUCGACCGCAGACCCUCCCUCGGACAAACCCAAGCAGACGAAUGAUAAAGCGGGACUCGACCUUGACGCAGAUGGCCUUUUUUGACCCAUUAUCCCCCAAUCGGGAGGAAAUAGACGAUCAUCUUCUACCACACGUUAAUAGCCCUGAUAGAGAUGACAUGCCUCCUCCACAACUGGACGGCGCGUACAGCAGCCCAAGGAAGGCUCGGCAACGGAAGACUACCAUUAGUGUUAAGCAACAGCCACUGGUGAAGAAAAACGCAGAAAGUCAAGAGCACAGGCCAAGCACGAAAAACCGUACUAUCAAAAAUAUGGAAAAGGAUGCUUUAUCAAGUGGAAGAAGGACGUCGAGUCGACUGGCGUCGAAGCAGGUUGUCUUUUCGGAUCCGACCCAAAGCUUCGAGUACUUCAAUGAGGCAUUGAUAGACCCGUCGCAUGAAGUUGCACCGGCGGCGAAUGAACCAUUGAAGCUACAGCUUGAGAUCAAAGACUCACUCACUGAAGAAGAUGGGGCGGUCCAGGCAGAUGUCUUGUCUUCCAAAUUCCCAAUGCGUCAUCUCCGAACUCCGACCAAGAGCCGCGCAAUCAUUCUAUCAAGCCAGUCGCCGGAGAGCCUACCUCCUAGCACGCUGAAACGAGUCCGAUAUGAGUCGCCGAUAUUUAAAUCUGAGAGGCGAACACCUCUUGCCGAACGAUCUAUCAAUUCCUUGCAGGAUAGUCCAACAAAGCAAUCUUCCAAGAAGCAGCGACAACGACAAUCCUCACCCUCUCCAUCGGCUGCGAAAAAGCAUGUUGUUCUCAAGCUGCCAAAACGGCGCGAAGCUCAGCGGGUCCCACGGAUUGAAGAUUCUCAGAGGAAUAUCUGGUCCAUCCCGUCGUCUUCUUCGCAGCAACAGAAAGAAAGUCCCAUUUUGUCAGUUGGGCAGCCCGCCCCAACAACCAGAGAUGGGUUGGAGGGGCCUGAAAUACCGGCAUCGAGUCAAGCUGAUAAUGUGGCCUCAAAGCAUCCUCUGAUCUCGCCCCAAGACUCCCUUCCAGACGUGGCUGACGUUGUCAGGCGCCGCCAAGCCCUCGAUAGAGACGACAUUGACCUGGUCGAGAAUGCCAUGCGUCCUCAACAACCCCCCCCCGAUGGAAAGACCGUUCAUGACUUUGCACCUGCACCCAACCAAACAGAAAUGGCCGGCUUGGCCGACGGACUCUCAGAUUCGAUUCUGCUUCAUCCAGAGAGUCUCCUUGGUGUGGCUACCGACCGAGAGCUAUUACUCGUGGAAGACUCAGAAGAAGAAGACCUAGUCUCUCCGGCGAGGCUGUCGCCCACGACGCCAAUGAAACAGCAGCAGCGACGAAAGCAGGGGAAAGCUUGGGGCCAAAGCAAGAAGGUAUCAGUGUUCCCUUCGAUACGAACUGUGAACAACCAUUUGUCCCCGAAGAGAACCCCACAACAGUCUAUUGAUGAGAAUCGAACUCCGUUGCCUUUACCUCAACUGGUCUCACAUUCUGCAACAAAGCAGCAAUGGACACAAGCGAACCUUCCCCAUGAUGCAGAUGAAUUCCAGUUGCCUAAGCUUUCUUUAAUACAUCAGGCCGGAACUCAUGUGUCGACAACUCAGGUACCUCUCAAUGAUGUCCAGCCAAUGUCAUCAUCUCCAUCGAUCCCAUCAACAAAGACGAUUACUCAAAAGUCUGUCAAUCCUGCUUCAAUGCCGCAUCCUUCGCAAAUGUCUACUCAAGAUGCUACUCAAGGCUUCCUGACCAUGUCAUCGGUUUCACGGCCACUUCCUGAUAGUUCUGAUGACGAGAAAAAUGAUAAGAUCACCAUCAAGGACUCUAGUUCCUUUCAAGUAUCUAUGAGUCAACUACCGCAAUAUCUGAGCACAACACAAUCGCAACCGACUAUUGAUCUUGGAUUGGAUGAAGUGUUUGGCAGUGAUGGAGCUGAUGACCUUGACUUAGAUCCACCAUCUACCGCGUCGCGACAAGAC